UGACACAGCAGGAGCCAACCUCAUGACUAUCUGAUAACUCUUCAUAAUACAGAUUACAGCUAUAGAGAAAGACGAAAGCAGCUGGGAAAUAAGAUGGACAGCGAUUUAAAGAAAGAUGGUCUCCCCUACAGCGAGGACUACACUAAAUUUGAGCCCAAGCUGGUCAAAUUGAUAGAAAGGAAUCGAGCCCCUGGGCCUUUUGGACUAAGAACUAAAGUGGUGUGGACCAAUGUUUAUCUGAUCUCGGCCAUACAUGUUCUUGGAGUCUGGGGCAUGUGCCUGGCUCCAAUGGCUUCCUGGAAUACGUGGAUAUUCUUUUGUUUUUACUAUCUUAUUAGUGGCUUUGGAGUGACGGGCGGGGCCCACCGACUCUGGGCACACAAGACUUACAAGGCUAGUCUUCCAUAUCAGAUUUUUGUCAUGCUACUAAACUGCAUUUCAUUUCAAAACGACAUCCUCGAGUGGUGCCGAGAUCACAGACUCCACCACAAGUUUACGGAGACUGACGCUGACCCACACAAUGCAAAGAGAGGAUUCUUUUUCGCCCAUAUGGGUUGGCUUAUGAUGUGGAAGCACCCGGAGGUCCUCAUUAAAGGGCGUCAAAUCGAUAUGUCGGAUUUACAAAAUGACCCGGUCGUCAUGUUCCAGCACAAGUAUUACCUACCAUUGUCCUUUGUGUGUUCCAUUGUUAUACCCACGUCUAUACCGAUGUAUUUCUGGGGUGAGAGUUUUGCUAUAUCGCUCCUCGUAUGUGGCUUCUUCCGAUACAUAUGUACGCUCCAUGUAACAUGGCUUGUCAACAGCGCCGCCCACUUGUGGGGCAAGAGGCCUUACGACAAGGGUAUCAAUCCUUCUGAGAACUGGUUUGUGAGUCUUUCGGCUAUCGGCGAGGGUUUUCACAAUUACCAUCACUGUUUCCCGUACGAUUAUGCUGCAAGUGAAUGGGGACCGACUUUUAACAUCACUACCAUGAUCAUUGAUUUCUGUGCUUUAUUGGGCCUCGUGUAUGAUAGGAAGCAAGUGUCGUCGGAGUCAAUUGUAAGAAUUAGAAAGCGACUUGGGGAUCUUGCUCCUAGUUAUCCUAGCCAGUGAUAGUGAUAGAGACAAAAAAA